GGUUAGCCGAGCGGCUAGCGGGGCGGUUAGCCGAGCUGCCCGGCCUGAGAGCCUCGAGCCCCGGUGAACGCUGCCUGCUCCCAGCGCCGCUACAAGGAGCUCUGAGGCUGCCAGACCCUGCGACCACCUACGGUUUACGGGGCCGUAAUGGGCACCAGAACUGGAUCAGGGAGUACGGGCAAUGGCAGUACCACCGGGUCCGCACCGAACACAGCUUCCGAGACAGAUGCAGGCCGACUGGAGGACCGGGAGUACCGCACUGAGUUGGUUUUCAGCGGCUCCGAGUUGGACUCUGACUCAGGGGACGAAGAGGACACAGGAGGGUCCGGCGGGGACAAGAGGGGCGUGAAGCGAGAGAGGAGCGACAGGGAGGACUGUCGUCCAUCAGGACACUCUUCUGGUGGUCUGAACCGGGGGUACGGAGGAGUGAGCUCCCCGGGGUCCGGAGUCAAACCCGGGAAGAAGACCCGGGGCAGAGUCAAGAUCAAAAUGGAGUUCAUCGACAACAAACUGAGACGGUACACCACUUUCAGCAAGAGGAAGACAGGCAUCAUGAAGAAGGCGUAUGAGUUGUCUACGCUCACAGGUACGCAGGUGUUGCUGCUGGUCGCCAGUGAGACAGGUCACGUUUACACCUUUGCCACCAGGAAGCUGCAGCCAAUGAUCACCUCAGAGACAGGGAAAGCCCUGAUCCAGACCUGCCUCAACUCUCCGGACUCCCCGCCUCGCUCCGAUCCGUCUUCUGACCAGAGAAUGAGUGCCACAGGCUUUGAAGAAACAGACCUCACCUACCAGGUGACGGAGACCGAGGGCAGCCCCGAGGGCCCAAAGGACAUGAUCAAACCAACUUUCAGCCUGCCUGCUGUCACUCAGGCCUCCCUGCCCCUGCAGGUGCAGACCAGCGCCCCCUCCUGGCAGCCCCCCUCCUCCAACGGGACGGUGUUGAAGACGUCAGCAGGUGUCGUCCUCCCUGGAGGAAUUACCUUGAUGUCAGGUGCCUCUCUGCCCCCCGGCACACACACCAUCCCCCUCAGCCAGCUGCAGGGCCAACCUGUGACCGUCCAGAGCCAUGCAGCCCCCGCCACCUUACUGCAAGCUUCACCUACACAACAAACCACCCUGCUCCGCCUCCCCGCCGCUGUGCCACUGUCAGGAACUGGAGUGUCUCAGCAGGUGCAAACCAUCCAGGUUCAACCCAGCUCCCAGCAGGUUUCCACCAGUCAGAGCAGCUCUGAUCUACAGAGCUCAGCCUCCUCCUCAGUGGCAGGUCACAUGAUGUACCCCGGCGGUCACACAGUGAUGUAUGCUGCACCAACACCCUCACUGAAUGAUGGCAGCCUCACCGUUCUCAACACGUCACAUGACCCCGCUGCCGUCCAGCAGGUCUUCCUCGCUUCUCUUCCUCCUGUCGCUGCUCAGAUCCCGGUUUCUGCCGUCCAGCUGCACCAGAUGGUCCUCAGCCAGCAGAGCAGCAACAACCUGACAGAGCUUCAGGUCGUUAAUCUGGACGUCCACCAAUCAAAAGAAGACUGAGGGUCACAUGACACAGAGAAGGAAGCAGCUUCCUGUUUAGUUCUCUUUGUGGCGACAUUGUUCAGGUGAGCUCACCUGUUGCUCCCUUUGUAGAAAAGCUACAACGGUCACAUGACAUCACAGAGUCACAUGCCGCACCUGGUGAAGGAUGGUUGAAUCCAAGAAGAUCAGGGAGUGACAGGAAGUGGAAAUCUGCUUUUCAAAGUAAGAGUUCUAAGUCCAGCAGCAGCAGGUUUGUUUUUAUAUAUCGGCGUCGAGUUGACUCAAGUUUGUGUUGUCAGGAUGUAAUCAUGUGAGCGAGCCUGAAGGGGCAUGAACUUUAUUGACGCAGUUGCGUUACAGACAGCACACCUGUCCAGGUUCAGACUCUUUACAGACCUGUCCAUCAUCAGCCCCGAGAACCCAUCUCAGCUGGUGUUCUGAUCCCAACCAGGUUACAACUGCUGAUGCUGCAUUCAAGGACGCCAUCUGGAAACUGAAGCUCAUGAUGGUAUGCCAUAGCUGGACUCCAAACUUGGGACUGGGUUCUGGGUCUUGGGC